GCUACGUCUACGACAAGCGACAACGGGAGCAAAGAAGAUCUUCUGAAAGAGGAAAAUGAUGCAAGACAAGAAUUCUUAGCAGCUAGUCCAGUCGGAUAUGAGGAGAAAGGCAGUGAUGAAAGACCUGUGGAUGAGAGUAGAGCCGAGAAGUCGAGCGCUGAGUCAUCGUCAAAUACAGAGGACAGUAGCCGGAGUAGAACGACCGACUCCGCAGAAGAUGUAGGCACACUUCAUUGUGACCAAUUCGCAUGGUUUUAG